AUGUAUUUUACCAAGCUUAAAACCAUACGGGAUGAACUAAACAAUUACAGGCCAUCUUGCACUUACAAUGGAUGUACAUGUGGUGGAGUCAAGAGGCUCCAAGACCAUUACCACAUGGAGUACAUUAUGUCCUUCUUAAUGGGACUUUCAGAUUCCUAUUCUCAAGUUCGAGGGAGCAUCUUGCUCAUGGAUCCUUUGCCCGAAGUCAAUAGGGUGUUUCAUCUUGUGACUCAAGAAGAACACCAAAGAGGUGCCAACAAUACUCUCAAUUCUAAUAAUAAACCAAAAGAAGCAGGCGCAAACCAGGUGCAAACUGGAAAAGAAGAAGAUAACAGCACCACAGAUUCGCAUACCUUACUUCCCCAAUUGUCAAGUGUCCAAUACCAGCAGCUGUUGAACUUGCUUGCCUCACAAAAAAGUGGUAGCAAUGUGAACGAACCUGGUACUUCCUCUGGAAAUUCAAGUAUUAUCUUAUCUCAUGUAUCUAUGCUUCCUUUACGCAACUCUUGGAUUAUUGAUACUGGAGCAACAAGACAUAUAUGCUCCAAUAUCAAAUUAUUCCAAAGCAUAUGUAAGGUUCCUCCAACUAAACUCAUUCUUCCAAACAAUAAUUUUUUGAUGGACAGUGCCAGCAAGAUGAUGAUUGGAAGAGGGAGUGCAAUCAAUGACCUAUACAUUCUUGAUGUUGCACAUGAAGCCCCUCAAGUCCUCUCUGUUGCUGCUGAAACCUGGCACUCACGGCUGGGCCAUCUCUCUCAUAAACGUUUAGAUUUACUCAAGGAUAUUCUUAAUUGUAACACUUCUGGUUUACACAAGAUUGAAUCUUGUUACAUAUGUCCUAUUGCUAAACAAAAGAAACUCCCUUUCAAUAAUAAAGCAAAAUCCGAUAAUGCCCCGAAAUUAGCAUUCAAAGAUCUCUUCUCCAAACAUGGAAUUAUGCAUGAUUUUUCAUGUGUCGAAAUGCCCGAACAAAAUCCCAUAGCUGAGAGGAAACACAAGCAUUUAUUGAACGUUGCCCAUGCAUUGUUUUUCCAAGCCAAAAUGCCCAUUAAAUUCUGGUCUGAAUGUAUCCUUACUGCUGCCUAUUUAAUAAAUAGGACACCUACUCCUCUUUUGAAGAACAAAACUUCUUAUGAACUCUUAUUCAAGAAACAACCAAAUUAUCAUCAUCUACGCUCUUUUGGUUGCCUCGCAUUCGCUUCCACAUUAACUGCUCAUAGGACCAAGUUUUCACCAAGAGCACGCACAUGUGUUUUCAUAGGAUAUCCCCAAGGAGUCAAGGGAUACAAACUUUAUGAUUUGAAUACAAAUCAAUGCUUUAUCUCAAGAAAUGUUGUCUUCCAUGAAAACAUUUUUCCUUUUAAGAAACUUAAUACUGACAGCAACAAUAUGGAUCCUUUCACUCAAAUUGUCUUACCAAAUUCUAUGAUUAAUAAUACUCCUAUUGCUGAGUACCCUGCAGGUUCCAAUGGCAGCUUCACUCGCACAUCCAACACGCAUGAAGAGGAUGAGAAUAACUCUGAAAAACAUGCCGCUUCCACUGCUGCUUCACCUGCAGAAUCCUGCAGCAACAACAAUCAAAAUAUUGCAGCAAGAUAG